UUGGAUCGUUGCUUGAUAUUGCCAAUUACAUGUUUAACGCAAUCGAUCGAUCUGCUGAAUGAAAAGAAAAACGCACUCUGACGCGCUCUUUUUAAGGGACAUUACGUUGCGAAGUGAGCUUUCACAAAAACUUUUCGUCGGAUAGCGCAUGUUGCGCAACUAAGACAAUUCGUCGCUUUCCGCUCGAAUCUACAUCUUAUUGUUUCGCAGUGCUUUGUUGAUUUCGAGUUACGGACGCUGGGCAAUGGACUUUGAUGAAGACUUUUCGUCCGAAGCAAAUAACGCAUUAACGUCAGGCUUGGCUUUCACUGCAACCGACUUCCCUUCUCAGCAAGACGACAGAGAAUUGAACGACCGUGUUGCCGAAAGGUUUUUCGUCAAACGAACGCGACGUUCCUUCGACUUGUCCACCAUUUCCAACAGUACGUGGAUGAUCAAGUUGAGACUGAUGUCCGCGAAACUCGAGCAAGCGAUGAAACGCAAAGGGUUCAUCAAGAAUCCUGACUUUUUCCUGGGCCCGAAAGUACCCAGCAACGCCGAAGACCGUCAAAUUUUCGCAACUCCAAAGCACUACAUCUGCGAGUGCUGCAAGACAAAGUUGUUCGAAAUCAGCGCAUACAUCAAGCAUCUGAAGAAACACAAGGUGAACAACAGAUGCUCCGGAUGCCAGCGAAUUUUCGACCAUGUUUUCAUGAAGAAACGUCACGAGCUGACUUGUUCGAAGAAAUGGAAAUUGAAAUUUUCGUAAUUUGCAAAAUUCCUUUAGAGGAAUCGACCUGACACGUCCUGACUGAAUUUAUUUGAUCUAAAAAUACUUUGUGACCUGUGCUAGUUUCAGUUGAGUGUUCAAGCACAUUGUUUUCCGAUUUAUAAUUUCUGACUACAAGAAAUACGUGAUUUCGAUGGAGUUCUGAAAUCUUGUUAUUUUCGACUUUAGCAUCAUUUCAAGCCACGAGUCUAUUAGAUUUCAUCGUAACGUUCGACGCCGUGCAGAUUUCAACGAAUAUCGUUACUGAAUAUACUUAAAAGUAUAUCUUUGUUCGAUCACUGACCGACCGAAUCAAUAAAUCACAUUAUUAUUGACUAUUAUACGCCGAGUAUAAUAUUUGAUUAGUGCCUUGAAGUAUAAUCAGAAGCCGAAAUAAAAAAUACGCACUUUAACCUGACUACAUAUGAAAAUUCAAAUAAAAGGAAGCUCAGUAUCGUCAAGUUAUGUACUGUAAUGAUUUUCCGCUUUUGAAUUCUAAAUUAUUUCAUGCUGCGUAAACGUGUGAGCCUCGGUGAUCGACUACUCGAACACGUCUCCCAGUAAUAGAGGGCAGUCGUUUUCUUUAUCCAGAGGCCCGAAAGUGGCAUUAUCCAGCCGCGCUGGGCAAAAAAGUCGCGUGCGACUCGUGGCCGCGACGUUAGCAAGCCCAUAGCGCGCGUUUCACAAUUUACGUGCGCUAUGGAUUGCCAAUACUUUCGUAGCCUUGGCUUGUGACCUACCAUGCCCUUCGCAAAACGUCAACCAGAUAAAAAUGUAAUAUUUUUAUUCGAGCUGUGAUUGGCUGUUGUAUAUAAAUGCGUUGUGUACGCUCAUAAAACAUUACUGCAUAUUCUUGCAUACGAUUAAAAGUUCGAAAAGUGUAUCAGUAUAGUUAACAUGAAUUUAAUAUAGAUUGUUUGAGUAAUUUAUUCAGUAAUUAAGAAUAUUUAUAGAAGUCUGUUAUUUACGUUGCGAAGGAUACACAAUAUAAUUACAGAAAACUACGAGAACUUGUUUACAAUCUUUGUUGUGUUUUUAAAACUGUUUGGAUUAUAAAAAAUUGAAUUUUCAUUGAUAGCGCUUUGAAAUCAUGAUCAUCAACUGUCUAUGUUACUGCAUAUUUAUUAAUCAAUAAAUGACA